CCACGCACUUCAGUUUCUCCAUUUCAGGCUUGUUUACAUUUUUCCAGCCCAGAAAUUAGCCCCGCCCAUGCUCAAACAGAAGAGAAGAGCUAAGCCCUGCCCCUCUUUUCCUUAAACAGCUGCUCAUGUGGUAUAUAGUGUAUUAACAGAGGAGGCGGGGUCAUUUCGGGGAAAGAUGAGUGUUUUGUCAGAGGGCAGCAGUUGGCUAUAAACAUCGCAGACUGCCCCUUUAAGCUUAUGUCUAUCCAUCCAGUCAUGCAAAAAAUAAUUUGCUUUCAUUGAGAGGAAGGUGGGUCUGACCCUCCAUGUGCUUCUCUGGUUACUUACAAGAGGAGCGUUUAAAAAGUGACGGCCCAUCGUGCGGUAUUUAUAGCUCAUCUAGCAGGGGGUACAGAUCUUCCCACGGGGAAUUCUUGUAUGAGCACGGUCACUUUCCUAAUAUAUCCGUCCCUCGACCCCGGCACUGCAGCGACACAGCUAACACGCCGUUCAGAGUUUUACUGAGUUAAGGAGUUUUUUUGUAUUCAUGACCGACACCAUGAUGCGGAGUACGAUCCCUGUAGAUACAGAGAUCGACCUCGGGGACUACGGGGACAGCGAGGACAGCGAGGACAGCGAGGGACAGCAGCCAUGGAAGACGCAGCUGGAGACGGUCAUGGAGGAAGAAGAAGAAGAGGAGGAGGAAGAGGAGGAUAUGGUUUCGACACAGAGUGACACAAGGCCUUUGAUCAAUGAAAGAGAUCCACGACAGAUGAACGAAUGCCUGAAGGUGAGUUUCGAGGACGUGAUAGCCGAGCCGCUCUCAGUGCGCACCGGAGACCGGGUGUGGUUCUGGAGCAACGCGCUGUUCGAGGUGUCCCGGGUUUGGUUCUAUCGCAUCGUCACCGCGGUGCUCGCCAUCCCGUUCUCCAUCAUCGCUGGAGUUCUCUUCGCGUUCCUCACCUGCCUUCACAUCUGGCUUCUCACUCCGUGCGUAAAGGUAAUCUUCAUGAACACCAGCUGGCUGGAGAGGUUAUGGAGAAGCCUAUUGGACAUUUUCAUCCUCCCUGUCUACCGCAGCGUCUCCAAGUCCUGCAUGAGCAUUAGCAUGCGACUGACGAGCGAAUGAAAAACUCACUCCUGGACCAUCUGUAUCGUAAAAGGAGCUUUCAGAGCAGAGACAUGAUCACCAGAUGUAGAGUGGUAGUGACAGGACUCUAUGGAUUCUCUUGGAUUCUUCUUCUUCUUCUUCUUCUUUUUACAAGGAAUGACCAGAUAGG